AUGAUGACAGUUCAUGUAUGUUUAGCAUUUAUUGGCUCAGCCGUCUUUUGGAUCAUAGUAUAUAUGUUAAAUUUAUAUUAUGAUGCAGCAUAUUAUAUUAUAAGUCAAGAACGAUGUUCAAUUGUUAGUUCUAUUGAAACAAUUCUCAAUAGUUUAGUGAUCUAUUCUUUAUGUACAGUGGCAAUUAAUCGUUUGUGUAUUAUUAAGUAUUCUAAUAGAAUUUUAUUUAAAUCACCACGAUGGGCAUUAGUAUGUAUUGGAAUAACAUGGUUAAUUACUUCAUUUGUAUCAGUACCACUUUUAAUAUCAUCUAAUAGAGAGAUGUUCGGUACAACAUUUUUUCUUGAACUUUAUAUUCAAAUAAUAGUUCUGAUAUUACCCACGGUUAUUUUUGCAUCAAUUAAUAUUCUCAUAUUUAUUUAUGCUCGUCAAUCAUCAAGACGUAUUCAAGCUAGUACAACAUUACGAACAGUUAUUAUGAAUAACCGAGAUGUUCGUCUUCUCAAACAUAUGAUUCUUAUAUUUGUUGUAUUUCUAAGUGGUUGGUCACCUAUUUAUAUACUUAUAUGUAUUGAUUUUGAUGGUAAACUAUCGCCAAUUAUAUAUCGACUUCUUUCUAUUUUACCAGCAUUAAGUUUGCUUGGAAAUAUGAUUGAUCUUUUUUUAUUUAAUCAUCAAUUAAGAUUAUAUUUUCGUCAAUUAUAUAUCGUUCGGAUUAAUAGAAUUCAACCUGUAGUUAAUCAUCGAUAA